GUCCAUUGACGUCAAGUCAUAAGUACUGCGCUAAAGCAUACAAACAGUUGUUGCAAUCGUUCUAGAAAACUUUUCAAAGAAAAUCAACAGCAGAUUGUACUUUUAUGUUACCCGGAGAAAUCCGUCGGUAUAAACAGUCUAGUUUUCCACUGUUGUCGAUAUUCGACGACACUGGACAGCUUGAACAAAGAAAUCCAAAAUCUCGUUUCCCGAGACUGCCAGAAAAUGGCGGACUAAAGGAAACGAGGCUUCCACACAUCGUGGACAAACAAUCCCUAGUGGCUUCGUCUCAAGAGGAGAGAAAUCUCAUAUCGAAGACGAAAUUUGGUCUAACAGCACACGAUUCUGAGGAACACAGAGAGCGUGCCCCAGGUCGUCUGCACCCUAACAAAGGAAAGCGAUCACGUGGUAAUGUUGACAGCGAUCUCGAACAAAGAAUUGGAUUUGUUGGUGGACAAAACUCAAAGCCAUUGUCCAAGCAGAAGUUAAGAAAGAGGCGGAAGCGUGUUCAGAAUGGUGAUGACUUGCUGGACAUUUUGGAUGACGAGGAACUUUCUGGUCUCGAGAAAAUACUUGACUCUGACAGCUCAGACAACAAACGACCAUGUGCACGCAGACGUCAUAAGUCGCACGUGCGAGAGGGCCCAUACUCUAGCCCGGAUGUUAAACACAACAGAAGACAAAGGAUAAAGUCAAGUGAUCGAUCUUCUACAAAACCAGUCAAAACUAAAACAUUUUCGGAGGUAAAAGAAGAUUUUAAGAACCCAAAACCGAUCUCGAAAAAGCGAGCUGAUGAUGCAUCGUUAAAAGAGGAAGGAAAACAAAGACAUGUCCUUGCAACAGAGGAAGACCGUGUCCCCAAGCCUAAGGCAGACAAACGCUGGAAACACACCAUGGAUCAACACAGAAAGACGUCUGCUUCUAAGUUUGUAGGCGAUCUUCCAGCAGACUUUUGGGAGAAAGAAUGUAGAGCGGCAAACGAACUCAUUAGCAGUUUGAAGCUGACCAAAACCGAGGACAAAACGAAAGUAGACGAUACUGGUAAAACAGAAGAAGUGCUUGACCGUGUGGAAAAGGCAAGUAUAGAUUAUUCUGAUAUAUGCAUAAAAUUUCAAAAUAGGCGACGAUUUCCUACAGGCCUGAAGAAAGGCGACAAAAAGAAAGUUAGUCAGUUCACCAAACUGAUAAAUGAUAAAGUGCGAAAGAAGAACACUGAAAUACUACUAGAACGUAUUUCAGACAACAAAAACAAACGUACAACGGUAAAGGAUGAAGUGAAUGAAAGAAUAUCGUCUGUGCCUACAAAGACAAGAGAAGUAAAUACCACUAAACCUUUGAAUGAGAAGCUAUGCAAAGUUCAGAGCAAAGAUUGCAAACUUGCUGAUAACAUUGCCCAGACCAAAAGCAUAAAGUCAAAAUAUAAAGAGAAUGUUAUUGAAAAUGGCAGUGAUAUAUAUUCUGCAAAGACAGUGUCUACAUUGACGAAAUCAAAAAGAAACAAGAUCUCAAAAACCCAUUCCGAUACAUUAGGAAAUAAUUCCUCAAAUAUCCAGGCGCGUGAAAGACCUCCAGAUGCACCUAAAUAUGACACUUCCAAAUUGGUAAGACCAAAAGCGACAAAACAUGCCACUCCCGAGACGAGGAGACCUGGCCAAGCCAAACCUGAUACUUCCUUGUCGAAAAGAAAAGCCUUACCAAAACCUGACAACCUUUUGCUGAACAGAAAAACCUUAGAAAAAUCUGCCUCUGAUAGGCUGACAAAAGCACCUGACGAAAAAGCUCCUGAUUCCAAAUUAAACGUCUUUGAAAAACUUCCUACUGAUGUCCAAGGAAGAAAGAUCUCCACAAAGCCAGUCGUGACGGUUUCGGAAAGAGAAUCCUUUGGAGAAACCUCAACUCCUCAAAAAGGGAAAAAAGCCUCAGAAAAGCCGACCGUUCCAUUUUCAGGAAGAAAAACCUUAAGAAAACCAUCAAUUCCUGAACCGGGAAGGACAACUUUGGCAAAGAUUCCGACUCAUGUCCCGAGAGGACCAUCUCUUACUAAGCAUGCUGUUCCUGUGUCUGGUAGACCUCCUUCGUCAAAACCUGUCACCAGUGCAUCAAGCAGAACAGCCAUAGCAAAGUCUUCUAGAGCUGUGUCGAGAAAACAAGCCUCAACAAAGUCAGCCACGCCAGUGUCGGGAAGACCAGGUCCCACAAAGCUAGACAUGCUAGGGUCAGGAAGACCAGGUUCUACAAAGCUAGACACCCCUGUGUCUAGAAGAUCUGGUUCCACAAAGCUAGACACGCUAGUGUCAGAAAGACCAGGUUCCACAAAGCUUGACAGGCCACUGUCAGAAAGAUCAGGUUCCACAAAGCUUGACACGCCAGUGUCAGGAAGACCAGGUUCCAUAAAGCUUGACACGCCAGUGACAGGAAGACCAGGUUCAACAAAGCUUGACACGCCAGUGAUAGGAAGACCCGGUUCCGCAAAGCUUGACACGCCAGUGUCAGGAAGACCAGGUUCCACAAAGCUUGACACGCCAGUAUCAGAAAGACUAGGUUCCACAAAGCAAGACACGCCAGUGCCAGGAAGACCAGGUUCCACAAAGCAAUACACGCCAGUGUCAGGAAGACCAGGUUCCACAAACCAAGACACGCCAGUGUCUGGAAGACAAGGUUCCACAAUGUUUGACACGCCAGUGACAGUAAGACCAGGUUCCACAAAGCAAGACACGCCAGUAUCAGGAAAACCAGGUUCCAUAAAGCAAGACAUGCUAGUAUUAGGUAGACCUGCCUCAACAAAGUCAACCACGCCAGUGUCAGGAAGACCAGAUUCCAGAAAGCUUGACACGCCAGUGUCUGGAAGAGCAGGCUCUACAAAGCUUGACACACAAGUAUUAGGAAGACCAGAUUCCAGAAAGCGUGACACGCCAGUGACAGUAAGACCAGGUUCCACAAAGCUAGACACGCCAGUGUCAGGAAGACCAGGUUCCACAAAGCUUGACACGCCAGUGUCAGAACGACCAUGUUCCACAAAGCUAGACACGCCAGUGCUGGGAAGACCUGCCUCAACAACGUCAACCACGCCAUUGUCUGAAAGAGCUGUCCCAACAAAGCCAGUUACUUCUAUGUCUGAAAGAGCUGCUUCAACAAAACCAGUAACUCCAUUGUCGGGAAGGCCUGCCUCAACAAAGCCAGUGACUUCAUUGUUGGGAAGACCUGCCUCAACAAAGCCAGCCACACCAUUGUCUGAAAGAGCAACCUUAACAAAGCCAGUGAUUUCAUUGUCGGGAAGACCUUGCUUAACAAAUCCAGCCACUCCAUUGCCGAGAAGACCUGCCUCAAUAAAGCCAGCCACACCAAUGUCAGUAAGACCUGCCUCAACAAAGUCAAUGACUCCAGGGUCGGGAAGACCUGACUCAACAAAGCCUGACACGCCAGUGUCGGUAAGACUUGUCUCAACAAAGCAUGUGACUCCAUUGUUGGGAAGACCUGCCUCAACAAAGCCAGCCACGCCAUUGUCUGAAAGACCUACUUCAACAUCAACAAAGCCAAUCACGCCAGUGUUUGUAAGACCUGCCUUAACAAAGCCAGACACGCCAAUGACAGUAAGACCUGCCUCAACAAAGCCAGUGACUCCAUUGUCGGGAAGACCUGCCUCAGCAAAGCCAGACACGCCAUUGUCGGGAAGACCUGCCUCAACAAAGCAAGCCAUGCCAUUGUCUGAAAGACCUAGCUCAACAAAGCCAAUCAGUCCCAUGUCGGUAAGACCUACCUCAACAAAGCCAGCCGCACCAGUGUCGGGAAGACCUGCCUCAACAAAGCCUGUGACUCCAUUGUCGGGAAGACCUACCUCAACAAAGCCAGUAACUUCAUUGCCGGGAAGACCUACCUCAGCAAAGCCAGUAACUCUAUUGCCGGGAGGACCUGCCUCAACAAAGCCAAUCUCGCCAGUGUCGGAAAGACCUGCCUCAACAAAGUCAGUCCCACCAGUGUCGGUAAGGCCUGCCUCAACAAAGCCAAACACGCCAUUGUUGGUAAGACUUGCCUCAACAAAGUCAGUGACUCCAUUGUCGGGAAGACCUGUCUCAACAAAGCCAGUCACGCCAGUGUCGGUAAGACCUGCCUCAACAAAGCCAAACACGCCAUUGUUGGUAAGACCUGCCUCAACAAAGCCAACCACGCCAGUGUCAGUAAGACCUGCCUCAACAAAGCCAGUUACGCCAGUGUCGGUAAGGCCUGUCCCAACAAAACCAAAUACGCCAUUGUUGGUAAGACCUGCCUCAACAAAGCCAGUGACUCCAUUGCCGGGAAGACCUGUCUCAACAAAGCCAGACACCCCAGUGUCAGUUAGACCUGCCUCAACAAAGCCAGACACGCCAGUGUCGGUAAGAUCUGCCUCAAAAGAGCCAGCCACGCCAUUGUCGGUAAAAUCGUCCUCACGAGGAGAACUGCCCCUAAGGGAACGAAAGACGUCUGACAGGACAAAAUCAACAAGAUUAAGGACGGAAACAAUGUCGUCUGCUGCCACAACUUCUGCCACUUCAAAAAGAACAAAGGUGUUGCCUGCUGCAUCUGCUAGUCACGAGACCAUUAGCUCACGUGCGUCAACAUCAUCCGCCUACAACGCAAAUCAUGACCUUGACCUAUACACAUCCGAUGACGAUUUUGAGUACGAAAGUGCUCCGAGUUCUUUGUCAGAAUCUUAUGACAACGUUAGAGAAUAUCAAUUUGAUUGAAUAAAAAAUUAAAAUGUA